CAAACGCCCGUUGGAUGCGGCAGCAUUUUCUGCCGUUGGUCCUGUCGCGUUGGUCUAUCGCUCGUCGUUCGAUGUACGCGCGUCGCGUCUAUACAACAACCCCCGUUGGCCCUCGUGACAUGAUUGGGCGACCGUGCGAUUUGAUGUGAGCGAUGACGAAGACGACGACGUCGAACUGAUAAAGAGUGGUCGUCGCGAUUACCGACCACCGACCGCCGUCGCCGCGUAUAUGCUGAGUGGUGCGCGAGCAAGUGUUGAGAGUGUGUUGGGAAAAUUGUGAUUGUAAAGGCGACGUGGGGAAGGCGAAGUGCACUAACGAAAGAAAAAGAAGAAACGAAACGAAAAGAAAAAAACGCCAAAAGAAAAGACCAAUCUGAAAAGAAGACUCCAGUGAAUCCGCGUGCGUGCGUGUGAGUCUCUGUGUGUACGUGUGUGUCGCAGUGUGUGUUUGCGUCAGGCGACCUAACAUACUGAAUCGUAGGACGGCGGUCCUCUUCACUCUUCUGUCAGCAAGCCAAAUGCAGCUCAACUCCCGAUCAACAUCAAUCACACCACGGCAAACCGUACGCUCCACUAUCUGACGACCCCCAAACCUCCCACUGACGGCAAUUCCUUGUGUCCAUCCACCGCCAUACCGGGGAACAGGCAACAUUAUCCGAAACACGGCGGCGACAGCAGCAGCAGCAGCGUCCUCAUCAACCCGUCGAUCGAUUGUGCCCGGCUAUGCCCGUACCGUCGCCCGUAAUAUUAUACACACCCGGUGGUUGGUGAAGAAGGACACAGGGCUCUAACCACCGCCACACCGGUGCUUCUGCGCUGCCACUGCUGAGCAUCAUCUCGAGAUCUCGAGAUAGAGAAAAAAUUGUUCUUUUGCGAGGCCUAGCUCUGGUCGCUAGCCAUCAUCCGGAUGGGUCUACGCUUUCGUGCGAGGCACUUCAGUCCAGCAGCUUGUAUUGCCGACGUAACCAGCUUCCCGGUAGUGCAUAUGCAGCGUCCCCGCCGAACGCUCACGUCCCGUCCUGACAGCCCGAUUGCGUCCUGUUUGCCAUUGCCGCCAUGCGAAAGCUAAGCCUUAGCACCGGCACCGGAAUGUCACGACCCUCGAAAGCAGUACCGCAGAUGAAGAAGGUGAUGCCCCCCGCCGUCCCAGAGAUUUACGGAAAGGAGCGAAACUUGAACGGCGUCGGUUGCGUCGGUACGGGCGACACGGGCGACCGGGAUCCGGUUGCGGAAAUCCUUCCAGCGGCAGUGGCCGGCAGCGAUCUAACGGUGAUCGACGGUGGUCCUGCGCUCGGCGCCCGAAAUGUGUCACAGCAAGCAGGGGCCGGGACCGGCACCACCAGUAUACCGAACUCGGUCGGCCACGGACACGGAGGACGGCACGGGACCAGCGACGGUUCCAUCACGACACCGACACCGGCCGCGACGGCAACACCGUCCAGCUUGGUGCUGCGCUGCACAUCGGAUGCCUCGGGGGUGCUGGAUUACGCCCUGGACGACCAGGGCAUCGAUUUAACGCAAUCGCCCGGCCGGGACAGCCCGGUAUCCCUGUCCGGUUCGGCCGGAUCGGGCUCACGUCAUUCCACUGCCAGCCUGGAUUCGGGGCGUGCCUCCUCCUACCUGACCGGAGCCUCGAACCUCUCGAACCGUAGUGUGAGCGGCGUCGGUAGCUACGGUGUGCUGUCUUCGCCCCGCUGCUCGGUCAGCUCCUGCUCGAUCGGUUCCGGCAGUGGUGGUGGUAGUGGUAGCAGCAGUGGCGCCGGUGGCGGCGGCAGCCAUCGCCUGAGCAACCACUCGAACCGCUGCGAUCAUGACAUCAUCUCCGAGUGGCUGAUGGAGGUGCACUUUCACGAGUACACGUACCUCUUCCUGGACGCCGGUUACGAUCUGGCGACGAUUGCACGCAUGACACCGGAGGAUCUAACCGCGAUCGGCAUCCGAAAGCCGAACCACCGUGAACGACUGAAGCGGCACAUCGACGCACUCAAGCUGCCCGACUCGCUGCCCAGCUUCGUACCGGGCUCGAUCGAAGAAUGGUUGCGGCUGCUGCGGCUGGAGGAGUACGUGCAGCCGCUGCUCGCCCAGGGCUACCAGACGGUGCACGACGUAACGCAGCUCACCUGGGAGGAUCUGGAGGACAUCGGUAUCGUGAAGCUCGGUCACCAGAAGAAGAUCCUGCUGGCGAUCAAGCGGGUAAAGGAUAUUAUCAGCGGAAAGAUGAUGCAGCAGCAGCAGCAGCUUCCGUAUUACGCUCUGGCGGCGAGUGGUGGCGGGUCGCCCACGUCCACCACUGCUGCCAUAGCGACCAGGGCACCGCCCCCGCUGCCUGGCACCGUUGGUGUACGGUGCGCACACUACACCGACGACACCGGUAUCGGGUUGCGGUCCGAUUCCGCGCUCGGCCUUCCUGGGCAUCAGCAACACAUUCCAUCUGCAAGCGCCACAACUGGUGGUGUGGUUUGCGGCAACUACAGUACAUUCCUACGACAGCAUCAGCACCAACAACAACCACCAAUCGCCCGGGGACCGGAAGACGACUCGGGUUCCGAAGUGGUCUAUUACGCCCAGCAGCAGCAGCAUCAUCAUCUUGCCCAACGCAGCAACGCGCCUCGUCAGCAGCAACUGCAACAGAUGAUCACCUAUCCGCAUGUGCAUUUCGAUGGCACGCAAGCCGUUUACCGGCGCAGUUCGUUCGACGACAGUGACAUCACGCCGACGAACGACGACCUUUCGCAUGCGAUUAUACCGCAUCAUCAUCAUCAGCAUCAACACCAUCACCUGCACCACGAUCAGCAGCAGCAGCAGCAGCAGAAUUGGCUACAUUCCCAACACCAGCAGCAACAGCAACAGCAGCAGUACUUCCAGGGCGGUGGAACGCUACCACGACAGUACCAACGCGGCAGUUACGGUACCCGGUUAGCGUUUCUCGGUCCUUGCGCCACCGCUGGUGUGCCCGGGGGCCCGGUAGCUCCACCGCAGGGACGCCAACGCCCCAUCGCCAAGAUAGUCGCCAACAAUCUGAAGCUGCCUGGUACGGUAGCAGCACCCACUGACACCGCGGUGGCGGAUUCGGCGUCCUCUUCGGCGUCACCUUCCGCUUUGUGCUUCCCAGCGGGUGCCACUGGACUGCCCGCCUCCUUGCUGGGGCACAUCGAGAACGUCGAGAUGGCGACGGCCGCCCUGGAUGCAAUGCAUUUCUCCAAUUACAGUAGCGCAGCAGCUGCCUACACGACAGCCGCUCAGUCACCUCAGCAGCUCCUAAAGUACGGCAUGAAACCGGGCGUGGUCGGAUCAUCCCAGAUCGAGCCUAAUGCGGCGAUUUCACAACUAAUAUCGGGCUCUGGUGGAGAGGCUAGUCAACAGCAGCAGCAGCAGCAGCAGCCGAUAUAUCAUAAUCAAUUGAUAUUGCAACAGUCGUCAGGCCAUGGUGGCAAUAAUUAUCAUCACCUCGGCCCUCAGCAGCAGCAGCAGCAGCAGCACGGUUUUACAUCAUCGACGCAAUCCACACCUUCUCCACCGAACCAGCAUCAUCAUCCGCUCGGUGGUGGUUCCAUUCCAUUCGUUGGCAGCUGCUUUACCGCCUGCCAUACGCACCAGACCACCGUCGAGGUGCACAAAGUAUCGACGCAGCAGCACGACAACAAAUCCAACUCGAGCCUUGAAUCCAUCGAUCAGAUACCGUUCGCGAACGAGAAUGCCGGCACGAUUAAGCAGCGUUCGUCGCUCAAUCGCCCGAGCGACUAUCAUCAUCAUCAUCAGCAGCAGCAGCAGCAGCAGCAGCACCACCACCAUCAUCAUCCAGCAUUGCUUGUCACUCUAUCAUCGUCCUCCGCUUCAUCGUCGUCUUCCUCCUCGGCGUCGACUGGAUCGAUCACGACGACAGCAACGACUUCGGGCGUCCUACAGAAGCAACAACAAUCCUCUCCGUCGUCGUCGUCAUCCAUAGCCGAGAGCAUCGCCAGCCCCAAUAGCUUUUCGAAUGACCAGACCAGCAGCUCCACUGUGCUAACAGUGGCCGCUGGUAGUACCGGUGGCGGAACAAGCGCCAAAGACGAACACCGCCAGUCGGAGGUAGCCGGGAGUGGCCAGGAGUUGACGGUGGCGACUGGUGGCGACGGUGACAUUUACGGCACCAAUGUGCUCAAUGACAUCGGCCAUAUGCUGGCCAAUCUGACCGACGAGCUGGACGCCAUGCUGGAGGAUGAAAAAUGCGCCGGUAUCAGCGACGCGGACUGAAGGAACGUAAUGCAACGCAACGGUCGUUCCUGUACCCGUUGAAUGGCUCAUCGUGAAAAGGGUGGGAACGAGACGGCUCCUGUUGGAUCGUCCGCCCGGUAAUCUCGUCUUCUCUCCGUGAUCGCGAUCUGCUGCACGUGAGGUCCAAAUCCAUUGAUUGAUAGAGCAUUUGUUUCCCAGCGCGCGUGUUAUAUACCAUUGUGAUAAUGAUAAUGCAAGAAAGCAAUGAGAGCAAACAUGGCUUUCGGGAGUUAAUCGAGAGAGAGAAAGAGAUGGCAGGUUGAAGGCAAAGAAGUGGCAGCUUUUAUGGCGAAUAGUUUAGACCCUUUUUUUAGGAUGUAGUAGAAUGUGUAGAAUAACUCCAUACAUGACCGGAGGAUGUUUGGACUGUUCCGUUUGUCGCUGUUUCAGGCGUUUCAUUCCGUUACGUCUCCGGAGAGGGGAAAUUGAAGGGAAAGCGAGGUGUGUGGGAAAGGGGAAUUAAUGCCGCAAUGUUUUUGGGGUGCGCGUGUACGCGUCGCUAAUGCUGUGACACGAUCGUAGGUAGUCUCGCCUACAUUUUGCAUACCAAUACCAUUUUAUUCUUCUUUUCUUUUUUUUCCCCCGAACGUUAUUCUAUUCGGAACAUUAUUCAUUAUUCCGUUUGAAUUUUAGUCGAUGAAUUUUUUACGCUACGUUUUUAUACUUAAGCCCAGGCUUGUCGUGGGGGCACAACAGGAACUUGUUCAGGCCAUUUUUUUUUGUUUAUCAUUUGGAUUUCUGGCAAAAUGUUCACUGUCAAUCUAAUUUUGUCUGUCACUUUCUAUUUUUCUUGUUUACUACACUUUCUAUUUUUCUUUCUGUAUAUGGUACAUACAUACAUGGUAUUUCGCAAAGUAAUCAGGACUUGUUGCAUAGGAAAAAUUCUGGUGACACUAUCUUAUCGUUGGUUUUUUUGUUUGAAAAAUGCAUCCUUUAGGGACUUUCAGUCCAAAUUUCAUGGCAUGGGCAUGGUCUGGUACAAGCCUUCUGAACGGCCAUAAAGCAAGUAUCAAGCACGUUAUGCUGACAUUUUGGCCAUUUAGAAGGCUUGUACCGACCGCCAACCCAACAUACUGUCGCUUCAUGAUCCAUAACUUCCAGUGGACCAAAUGCUAUGAAAUUUGGACUGAAAGUCCCUAUCUUUCUUUCAAACAAAAAUAUCCAAAUUAAGAUAGCGUGACCAAAAAUUUUUCUAUGCAAAAAGUCCGGCUUACUUUGCGAUAGACCAUGUCAAAAGGAAUGAAGUAGAAAAACCAAAACCCAAAACAAUACACUACACUAAGGGAAAAAAAACGGAUUAUAUGAUAAUUUUAUGUAAGGCAAUGUUUAGAUGAGCGGCAGCAACAAUUUCGUAUGUUUUGGAUGACCGUUCAAUAAACACCGAGGGUUUACACCAGAUUUCUCAUUAAAUGGAAACAUUUCGCAGAAACACCGCUUCCCCCUCUGGUUUCCCUUUUGUUUUGGGAGCCGCGCCCUCUCCUCUGGUCAUGUACUCUCGUGUGUGAGCACACUCGCUUACCUCUUCUCAGCCAUUAAUAUAGAUAGCUUCUGCUACGGCUGGUAGCAGGCUAAUUAAUAGUUCCGUAACUCCAAGUGGGAUUAGAUUCGGUAAUCUAAAUGUGAAUGAGGAGCCCAGAAAAUGGAAGAAAAUGGGAGGAUAGAAGCAGAAAGGUUUUAGAGGAUACUUCUCGCUGCGGAUUUGCAACGGUUGACUGUAGGAAAAUGUAAAACCGUGUAGGUAGGACGUAAACCGCCACAGGAAAGCGCCCCUGGUAAGGAUGCGAGAUAAUAUUGUAAUCGCGAUUAUGAAAACAGAAAGAAAAGAAAACAGAAAGAAAACAGAAGCGAAAUGGUAACAAAACACCUCCGGGGAUUUUGACAACAAAAAAAUAAAUGCUGCUUGGUUCUGUUUCAUUGUAUAAUAUAUUGAACCAUAACGUAAUAAACAUUGAUUACAAAACUGA